CUGUUUGCAAACAUCGAUGACGUCACAGAAAGAAACCCAGUUAGCAGAGCAGCUAAUGCUAACAGACAGACAUACGUUGAAUCCAUGUAGCCAGUUAGCCAUGUAGCUUGCAAACAAGGAGCACAUGAAACCCAGAAAUUGACUGUAUACCCAGAAAGUGAAGGAUUUGAUAGCAAGACUGGGAAAAUAGCAAGAAAAGAUGCAAGCAGGUGACCCUGUGGUUGGAGCACCGAUGGCAGCAGCUGGUGCACAGAGUCGGUCAGAGGAUGAAGAGUCACUAGGAGUAAAAGAUGUGAAAAGGACGGCAGCACAAGCCUUUGGCAGCGGGGUUCCCAAACGAAGAAGUUCCUCAAGGUCAAUAAAGAGGAAGAAGUUUGAUGAUGAGUUGGUGGAGAGCAGUCUUGUGAAGUCGUCCAGCAGAGUCAAAGGCCCUCCUGUUAUAGAGCCUGUCCGCUGUUCAGGCAGUGAACCUUCAUCUAGUGAGAAAAAAAAGGUGACAAAGACAGGUUCGGCUCUCACACCACCUCUCACUAUGGUAAUGAACCCUGCACCCAUCACCAAACGAGUGAAGAAAAGCAAGCAACCUCUACAUAUUACAAAAGACUUGGGGCGAUGGAAACCAACCGAUGACCUGCUACUGAUAAAUGCAGUGUUGCAGACCACAGACCUCACCUCUGUUCACCUGGGUGUCAAGUUCAGCUGUCGUUUCACAUUACGUGAAAUUAAGGAGAGAUGGUACGCUCUCCUCUACGAUCCAGUCAUCUCAAAGUUGGCAUGGCAGGCCAUGCGUCAGCUUCACCCAGAAGCCAUUGCAGCGAUCCAAAGCAAAGCUCUGUUUAGUCAGGCUGAGGAGGCACUGCUGGCUAAGAUUGGUUCAACCAGUCAGCCUAAACUGGACGUGUUCCAGGAGCUUCUAAACAAACACCCUGGUGUCUUUCACCCGUCUCGCACCCCCAAGAGCCUGCUGGUGCACUGGCAGCUGCUGAAGCAAUACUACCUACUGGAUGAUCAGAGUGUCCAGCCUCUCCCUAAAGGCGACCAGGUCCUCAACUUCUCUGAUGCUGAGCAGAUGGUUGAUGAUGUUAAACUGAAGGAGAGUAGAGACGAGGUGUUGGAACAUGAGCUGAUGAUUUCAGACCGUCAUCAGAAAAGGGAGAUACGGCAGUUAGAGCAGGAGUUGCCUCGUUGGCAGGUCCUUGUGGACAGCAUCACAGGGAUGAGCAUGCCCGACUUUGACAACCAGACACUAGCAGCUCUGCGGGGAAGAAUGGUCCGCUACCUCAUGAGGUCGAGAGAGAUCACGUUGGGCAGGGCGACCAAGGACAAACCUAUAGAUGUAGAUCUAUCAUUGGAGGGACCGGCCUGGAAAAUAUCAAGAAAACAAGGUAUUAUCAAACUGAAGAAUAAUGGAGACUUCUUCAUAGCCAAUGAGGGCAGACGACCAAUCUACAUAGACGGCAGACCGGUCCUGUCGGGGAACAAGUGGAAACUCAACAACAACUCAGUUGUGGAGAUUGCAGGUCUUCGUUUUGUGUUUCUGAUUAACCUGGAACUCAUCUCACUAAUAAAAGCUGAAGCAGCAAAGAUGACGCAGCAGUGAGGCUCAGCCCUGAGACCCUAGAAGAGUGACCCUAGAGGACGCACUGGAUCCAGUCUGUGCUUGUGUUGGACAGUGGAUAUUAGUUUUUCUCACAAAGAACAGUAGUGCUGCCACGAUUCAGACAAACCCUGUGGCCAUGUUUAUCUGAAAUGUGAAUUUUAACAGACUACAGCUUCUGACUGGAGCUACGUAAUCACAGGUUUAACUUGUAUGGACAUUUUCCAUGUUGUAAUGUAGACACUUUCAUGGUAAAGCCCAGUUUCUUUGUUUUUAAAUUUGCAUAAUAUUGUAUUUAAAUUCUGCAGGAAAGCUUUUUUCAAGAUAUUAAACUUGUAUACACAGUGAUCUAAUGUUUUCUGUAGUGACCCAUUUACUGUUGAAGACUCAAGGUGCAUAUUUUUACUGAAAUCUGUGCAUUGAGAAACAGCAAAUCCUGACUUUGGGAAAGAGUCCCCAGUGAAUCAAGAUGUAGAAUGUUUAUGCAAAAACAAUAAAAAGAAAAAUUUGAAUAAUCUGUA